CUUGAGAUGACGUCAAAUAAAAAUUGCGUAUAACAUGACGUCAUAGUAGUUUCUGGUUGUAAUCCACAUAAAAACGAAGUUCGAAAAUGUCCUGUAUAUUUGGUAAAGACGAUACCACUAAGUCUGGAAGCGACAAUGAGUAUAUCAAAUUCCACACACGAGAUGAGUCUGAUCAGUGUGAAGAAGUUCGACCAAUGACAUGUCAAAUAUACCCAGGACUUUCUGCAACACGUCUGUACAACUACCUGAAAUCAAAAUCUGCCUCAACACCAUGUAUCAUAUACUAUAUGAGACGACUGCAAACUGUCAAUUCGAAUUACAAGAGGGAAUAUUUAGAGAGAAAUGGAGUACCAUAUCCAUACAAUAAUAUAUUUCGUCCGAGCUUGAAUGUUUCAAAUAAUGCUUCAAUGAUGUCUACAGACUGGAUGUCCAUUAUAUCUCACGAUACUUCUAUUUCUAUGAACGAGAAUAGCCUCUAUUACAAACUAUACUACGGAAGUCAAGACUUCUAACAAAGUUUUUACUCUUUGCAGCAUAGUUCACAGUUCGUGAACUUUGGCACUUAAAAGUUGUGCAAUGAAUACAUUGAGAAUCUGUGAUAAGUUAAAUUUUAUCUUAUUUUAUAUCUAGUUUUAUACAUUGUUAAUGUUUGUUAUACCUAUACUAUUUUGUUACAUGAGAAUAAGAUUAAAAAAAGUGAAUAUGA